CUAACGAUUUCAAACUUUGUAUUCAAGUUCAUUAGUCUCGCCAUCUUGAGCAAUAUGUACCAUAACCACAUACUCCAAUAUAUUCUACUCUAUCUCUAAUACUAGUUCUAAAUAGAUAUCCUGCUUAACGAGUAAAGUGAACUGUCAUAUCUAUACAUGUAUACGUGAAUUUCUUUUAUGCGUGCCUUCUUUCGAAUUACAAGCGUGUACGGAGUUUCGUAUCAAAAUGCCGUUACUUCGCCCACAUUUUAGAUUUAUCUGUUCACCUUCGUAGCGAAUCGACUUCGAUACAAACUCGACUAGAUGUUGUAUUUGAGUCUAUUGUGGUUUACAACCCUUUUUGGUUCGUUGUUCGUUGCUAAACGAUGAGAACGUAAGGUGUAUCGCUACCGUAGCAUUCUCGUCUUGAGAGUACUUUAUAUAUUUUGGAUUCCGUCGAAAUUGUCCAGCGCGAAAACUGAUCGGGAGGAUUUUCAUUUCGCGAGACUGUUUUUCGAAAAUAGGGGCGAGAAAAAUCGUUAGACUUUUUACUUCGGAACAGGUGAAUAUGAUCGGCCGUGAAUCCUUCCAGCUUUCGUAGCGAAAACCGUGUUUUUGUUCGUCGAAAACUCGUUAUAAGUUACAUGAAAUGUAAGCGGUAGAAGAAUUGCUCAUAUAUGUACAUAUUCAUUUGUAUAUAAUCUUUAUGUAGGGAUAAGUGCUUGAAUAAACUGAUAAAUAUCUCAGAACACUGCUGUUAGUUUUCCAAUUUUUAUUAAAUCAUAUUUUAUUCGCAUAGCAGUAGACAGAACUGGUAAACAGUUUUGUAAUGAAGAAUGUAUCUACGACUAUUGAUGUGUAAAGCUUGGAGAACAUGAUAUACUCGGCUUUACAAGAAUACCAGGAAAUCUUAGCCCGACACAAGUUAUUCGAUGAAACAGACGAACUUAUAAUGGAUGAUAUAAAUAGUAUAGACUCGAUAAUCGACGAUGGUUCCGUGGUUUCUAAUCUUCCUCUUUUGUUUGCCGAUGGGCACCCAACAUCGUUGGAAAAGAUUACAAUGACACAGUUAGAACGUUUUGUGACAUUCAUGGUACAGUGUUCCUUGGUUGAUCAAGACACCAGCGAAGGGAUCAGUAAGCCACAGUGGUGGCCGAAAGAAAUUCAGUUCUCAAAUCCUUUGAUAAGGCCCAGAAGGCCAAACGAAAGCUGGAUGACCAAUUUGAAGAAAUUGGUGUUCAGGUGUUAUACCUACCACAGAAGCGAAUACCUGUUACGUUUUUGUUCGUACCUAGCGAAAUACCCAAAGGAGGAUCUAGAGUACGUUAACAAUUGGGAUUCUACAACGAGUCUGUAUCAAAAAAAUACUGGAAAACUAUUAGUUACAUUUCGUAACGAGAACAUGGAUUACGACAAAAGAUACGAGAAUAUGCGGAAGAAGUUGUUGGGUUGCAGCGGAGUGAUCUCCGCCUCCCGAAAGUCGUGGCAACAGCAGCGUUCCAUUAUGAUGGUGCAGCCACCAACGGAGGACAUUUAUUUAUGUGAUAAUUGCGACGCCGAAUUCGUAGGCGUGGACAAGAUGAAAGAACACGAACGCGUGUGCUACGUACAGACACACGUUGGAGAUACUUCGCGGUCCACAACGCCAGACGUGUCGGCCGUGGAGCCCGAUUUGAAGCAAGAUAAUUUCUUGGAAUAUUUUCGUCUACGUUCAACGACAAAAUCCGAACCGGAAUCAAAGACGGAACCGAAACUGGUCGAAAUCGUAAAAGAUCCUAUAAGUACCGACAGCAUUAAGCAGCAACGUAGCUCGCGCCGUGUUCGUGGAUCUAUAAAUUUCGCGAGAUGUCCGACUAUUCCUUUCUCUUCCCCUGCUGGUCUGUUGCUAGCUAAAAACUCGAAAGCAAUGACGGAGGAAACUCAACAAGAAAGACUGGAGAGAAUAGAGAGACACCUCAUUGCGCCAGUUUUGACUAGUACGUCCAAGCCGAAAUGGUUGGAAACGGAAAUGGACAACAGUAGAUGGAUCGUUACUUAUCGGGAAAAAGAUCCGAAUAAUUACGUGCACCAGUAUCAAUUUAUAAAUUCUGUUAAGCGAAAACCUAUGCUGAGCAUACAAUCACAAUUAUUGUACGUCGUAUGCCGACCUGUCAGUGUUCUUCUGUCGCGAGUUACUUCGGAGGAACUGAACGAUCUCCAACGAGACUCUUUAAAACAUCGGUGCCUUGUUGAAAACGUUGAUAAUAAGGAAUCAGUGACCAAGGAAAAGGAGCAGAAACCGAGACCGAACUUUUCGUUGAAACGGAAGGCCCCGAACGACGAAAGUGACAACGUGAUUGGGGCGGAAAAUGGCAAGGAGGUACUUAACAAUGAAGCAGAAUUAUUAACUCUUAGCGAAGAUAAAAAAUUUCGCGAAGAAAAUAAUAUCACUAUGGUUAAAUCGAUUAAAGAGGGACCGACCUUGUACGCGAAAUCAACGCAAGCGAUCGCAUUGAUCAAUCUUUGCUCUUCGGACGAAGAAGACACUCCUCCGCCCGCUCCCGUAUCUUCGAACGAGAAUAAAGCCCCAAUUAACUGUAUGACUGGUACCGUUACGGAUUCGCAAAAACGGUUGUUGCAAAAAUUUUCGUCAACUAAGUUUCAUAUGUAUUCGUCCGACUCAAGAAACGAAUGGUUGUCGAACGAGGCGUUUAAUGUCGGCUGUGACAACCUGUAUAAUAUACAAACGAGCACGAUGUUGAAUACGCAUACGAGUUUAUCUCCAGUCGUUAGAUCGGCACCGUAAAAUAUUAGUAAUUUCAUUGCUCGAUAUCAUACUCAUAAGCAUUAUUAAAUUUGUUCUAGUAUUUAUUGUUUCGCCUUUGUACCAUUAAAGUAUUUAAACGACGUUACUUUGUUAAAAUAUGUGAACAAGAGUCUCAUCAAUUGUAUAAUAACUUAAACAAAUUACGUUUCAAAUAGAAAUGCGUUAAACAAAGCCCUCAGAGCAGAACGCGAACUAACUCACAUUUUUAGCAACUGAGUAUGCUGAACGACAAUGGAUCUCCUUAUAUCUAUAUUAUUAUUUGGCGAACAUUACUAGCUUAGAUUUAGAUUUAAAUUCAUUUUGAGUUCGGAACGAAUGUGACUUAGACCAGUUUUGCUCUUAAACGACGUUCUCCAUAAAACGUAAGCAAAUAUACAAAGUUUUAUAUAUUAUGUACUACUGCAAACUGCGAACAGUAAAGAACAAAAUAAAAAGAAAAGUGGA